AUGGCCGCCUGCAACCGCAAGCGACCUGCUGCUGUCCUCGACGCCGUCCACGCCACGACGGCUCAGCAUCAACAAUCGCCGGCGCGCUGCAAGAGGAGCCGCACCUUCAUCGGGAUCACCGACGACUACGAACAGGUGAACUGCCUAGGCCAAGGCGGCUUCGGCGAGGGCCCCGACGUCGAAGAUCUUUAUCGGGAGGCACGAUUCCUCGAGGCCUGCCAAGGAAACCCUUACGUCGUCGGCUUCGAGGGCCUGGUGCGCAACCUGGACACAGGCGACGUCGGCCUCGCCAUGGAGUACGUCGACGCGUCGAGCCUCGAGGACAGGCGCGCCGGCCCGCCGCUCCCGGAAUCCAUGGCGCGCGACUUCAUGUGGAAGCUUCUGACCGGGGCCGAAAAGAUGCACCACCGCCAUGUCGUCCACCGCGACAUCAAGCCCGCCAACAUCCUCGUCGGGGACGGGGACAACGGGGAGCUCGUCAAGCUCUGCGACCUCGGGCUGGCCAUCUCCUUGUCAGACAAGCCACCGUACAGCCAGGCCGGCACGGCGCCCUACAUGGCGCCCGAGAUGAUCCUGGGCAAGCGAGACUACGACGCGCUCGUGGACACGUGGUCCAUCGGCUGCGUCUUUGCCGAACUGCUCACCGGCAAGACCUUGUUCGCGUGCGACGGCGAAGAUGAAGACGACGAUGACAAGAUAAAGGUUGACGUAUACCAGCUGUGGAGCAUCUUCCGAGUGCUCGGGGUGCCGGACGAGAGUACGUGGCCAGGGUUCACGUCGCUGCCGCACACCGCCGAGGCGCUGCGGGUGCUACCGGCGGGGCACAACCACAGCCGGCUGCGGGAUUUGUUCCCUGAAGAGAAGCUGUCCGAGGAAGGAUUUCAGGUGUUGCAAGGGCUCCUCACGUGCAACCCCGACAAGCGACUGACGGCAGCCGCCGCGCUGAAGCACCCAUGGUUCGCUGCUCCUCGCUCUGCCGCCGAUGCCGUUGAGAAGGUCGAUGCUCUGUCCUUUCCGAAAAAGAAGACACCAAGGUUCAAGUUCAUCCCGCCGGAGAAGAAUCUACUCAAAAUCCCACUGGCCGUGUGGAACGCAGCGCAACGAGUGUAA